CCUAGAAUUUGGGAGAAAUUUUGGCAGACUAACAAAUUCGCAACCUUGAACCCUAUUUCAUCUGGUUGAUGGCUCUAAAAUAACUGUAAAUCGCUUGUUCAACACACAUAGAAUGCCUGAACACGUAAAGCACAUCGAAUGGGAGGACAUGGACAAGAGAAAGUUCUAUUUAUUUGGUCCGACAUUCUUUCUUGGUAUUCGAGCUUUGCUGUAUCCGGCGAACCUUGUGAAAACCCGACUUCAAGUUCAGCGGAAGAAAGCUCUUUACAAUGGAUCCUUCGAUGCGUUUGUGAAAGUAAUACGUUUUGAAGGCGUGAGAGGACUUUAUAAAGGAUUUAUGGUGAGCAGCUUUGGUCUUUUAUCAGGGCAAUUUUACAUCACCACUUUAGAGUUGAUUCGAGCUAGGACGAAAGAAUACAACAAUGCUGUUAGAGGCCUCCUGGCCGGUGGUUGUGCCUCGUUAGUUGGACAAACGAUAACGGUCCCUGUAGAUGUUAUUUCUCAGAAGCUCAUGGUACAGGGUCAGGGUGAAAAUACGGCCAAACUCAAGGGAGCAUCGACUAUCAUUAGAGAGAUUAUACAAUCAGAUGGACCGUUAGGGCUUUACAGAGGGUACUUGAUCUCUCUAAUGACUUAUGCACCCAGUAGCGCAAUAUGGUGGUCCACAUACGGACUGUACACUGGACUAGUGGGUAAUAUUGUUAUAACAGGAACACCUCAUAUGCUUGUUUUGGCAAUGGCUGGCACCAUGGCAGGGUUCACCACUGCAACACUUACAAAUCCCUUGGAUAUAAUGAGAACUAGAUUGCAGGUUGGUGGUGGAAGAUCAGCAUUAGUGUUCCAGAUGUUUGGUUCCCUUCUGAAAGAGGAAGGACCCAAAGGAUUAACAAAAGGUUUAUCAGCCAGAAUUUUAGCUAUGGUUCCAUCAAGUCUAGUGAUGGUACUUGGAUAUGAGACAGUCAAAAGACUUAGUUUGAAAACAUCAGAAAAGGAGAUUCAUGUACAAGAAGAAGGUUACUUGAAGGCAUCAUUUUAAUGGAACAAUUCAUGCUUGAUAUGUGUAUUAUUGUAGUGUUUAUCCCUUUCUAAACAUGGGUGAAUUUCAAAGGAAACAAAGGGACCUUGCUCCCCUGUCUUCUCUUGGAUCAUAUUCUUUCUUUCUUAUUAUUAUGUUUCUUGAGUGAAUGGUAAAGUGUUGUUGGUGUGAAUUAAAGUUUAGAUGUGAUCACAA